AUGUCUUCUGAUGCCCUAGAUGGGCUCUCGCAGUGGUAUGGAUCGGAGAUCAACAAUGGAGCGGAAAACUAUGACUCGCUCUUUGGAGAACAGGGAGUGGGACCGACACUUGAAGAAGAAGGUAAGGAUAAGAAGCAAAUUCGCUUUGCUCUUUACCGUGAGGGCUUCAAGCUGUGGAAAGGCUUCACUGGAGUUGGCAUUCGAUUCAAGCUACCCAAAUGCAUCGAGUCGGAGAUCCACGACCACUACCCUGACGUUCAGUAUGUUGGGUUCAAGAGUGGAGCCAAGGGUGGAGACCCUUCUGAUACCGAAGAGACCAAAGGAGAGCAAGAAGACGAACAUGUCUUCAGUCAGCACUGCUCGCAACCCGAAGAAGAGACAUCGAAGGAAGACAGUGACAAUGAUGAGGUCAUGAUUUGCAACAAGGCAGGAAGUGUGGUGGCAGUCUGGAAGAAUGGCAACGUAACGGAAGUAAGCGAAUGUGGGAACAAUAACAGCAGUGAUGAUUCCAGCGACGACGAAAAGCCUGCCAACCCACCUCCCUUGCCACUCGAGCAAGUUCCCAUGCGGCUCGAACGAGCAUACAAGCGUUUGAAGAAAUAUUCCGUGCACUCACCAAUCGCCCCCAAAAAGUUCAAGAAAAACAACAACGACAAAGAAUUGGCGAAGCCCAUGGCUGGUUGA